CAGAAAGCGGAGCGAAAUGGCUCCUCCCGUGCAGAAGGGUAAGCUUCUGAAUCACUCCGACAAGACCUCGACGGAAUUCAACUGCGCCAUAAACGAGAACGUGCGAAAACUGGUCAGGAGCCUGUCGGAACCGGGGACGAGCCAGAAAAAGUUGCGCCAAAUGGAGGAUACUGCAUUAAAGAUAAUCGCCAACCAACGCAGGUCAUGGGAUCCGACAACCACGGACAUGGAGGUGAAACGCAACCUGGACGAUGUGGCGGAGCGAUUCCGGGCGGAGGGCAUGGCGUCUUUAGGUGAUGCCAUCAAGGACUUGGCCAUCAGGUAUCUGGCCAUGGACGAAAAUCAAAAGCAGUUCGAUCCUAAUCGCGGAUGGCCAAUGCUCGAAUUACUCUUCUGCAUAGCCUAUAGGCCGGUGCAAAAGAUCCGGCGCAACCCCGAGCUCAUGGAACAGCUCCGGCUGUCCAUAAUUAACGGCAUGGAAGCGGCCGAGCGAGAGCCACAUUUACAGGAACAGGCGAAACUGGAGGCAACCAGGAAUACCUCCGAAACGGAGGUGGACUGGCCAGCGCUGCUGGCCGAGGAUUUCCUGGAUCCGCCUGAGGAUGACAGCUCGGACAGCUUAAGUGACUGGUCGGAGGAGUCGGACUGCAACUCGACAACUACUCUGACGACCGAUGAAAAUAUUGGCGUCUCGCGAAGCCUUUUGGAAAUGGCCAGGGUUUAUGAGCAGGCCGUGAUGGCGGUCGUUCCGACUGGAAGUGUUAACAAAAGCUAUAUACCGAACGUGGAGUGCGUGAUCCGAAGUUACGACUUCCGGAUAAUGAAACCAAUGGUUUUGAGCCUCAACAACUUAAAGGGCAACCAUCUGAGACGAAGCAAGCUGCUCCAGUUGGCGCCACCCCAACCGCCCCGACCAUUCACACAAUAUUGGCAAAGUGACAACAUGGACUUCUUCUUCUUCCGUAAAAUCCAUUCCGACUGGUGGUGCCAAGAUGUCCAUUUGAACGCCCUGCCCUCCAGUGCUAAGCCACUGGACAACUUUGCCGUCAGCUACGUGCAUUUUCUGAAUUACAUUUACCGAGGCUUUUUCGCCCUGCCAGUGCCCAAAACGAUCACGGAGCCCUGUCUGCUAAGGGAGAUCCUCUUCAUGUUUGUGCGUCCAGCGAGCUGUUGUUUCUUUGAAUUCGACAAGGCCACGAGACGCAUUACUGUGCGCGAUAAUGUCAGUAUCUGCACGGUGACUGCGAGCACGAUGAAAAAUUUUAUGUUAUUUAAUGUGGUGCCUGCGCUGGAGGAUAUGAUGGAACUGCGUCGCAUCAUCGAUACUCAUACGUUGCAUUUGCAUGGCGUAAAGACUACAUACACUGUGGAGUUCUUUGCAUACGGCCUAAGAGAUCUUGUCCAGCCCAUUUGUCAGCUCCUCAUCGCUUACGAGGAUCGUGUCAAUAAGGAUCCAGCAAAAAAUACGCUCAUCCGCUUUACGAUUGAGUUCAGGAAACACUUUAGCCAGCUGCGCUUUCUGCGAGAGCUGGCCGAAGAUGCCAUCCUGGAUAAGGGACCUGCGCACAUACGCAGUGCCUACUUGCUAUCCAGUCUGUAUAAGCACACCUUGAUGCCGGAGCCGCACCAGAAGCUUGCCACUGCUCUGCUGUUUAUUUCCCUCAAGCGAUACUGUACCAUCAUCGACGGCUGGUGGCGCAGGGCCACGCUGGAAGAUCACCUUCGCGAGUUCGUCGUGGAGUUAUGUUACGAGGAAGAUGCGCACAUACGUAGCCACGUGCGCAAACGAAAUGUGGGAAUCGAGGAUGAUUUGCAAUUAGUGGAGAUCUUCAACAAGCUGCAAUCCUGCCCACUCUACCAGCUACUGCUGGACCAUGCCCUGGAGUCUGGAGAAACGCUGGAUUUGCUAUGCAGUGUAAAUACGCUGAGCGAAAUGCUGACCAGCAGCAAUGAAAUCCACCUGCAGUCACUGCACGAUGAGCUGUUCGAGCAGCUUUUUGCACAGCUAAAGGUUUACUGUGGUGCCGACAACACGGAUUACGAGGACGAACCGGAGCCGGAUAAAGACUACGAAGAUCUGACUGUGUGCAAUAGGCAGGGCAUUAGGAACCAUCAACUCUUCGCAUUAUUUACCAAGUCGUUAAUGGAACAACGUUUGGAGCGACAACGCGAGCGGCUUAAAAGCAACCCCUUUCUAUUGGCCAACAUUUUGAAGCGCUUGGAGCGCUCCACUUGUCUGCAGCUGAAGUCUGAGUUGCCGGAGGCACUGCGCGAAAUUCUGCGAAGUAGACAGUGGCUGGCGAACGAGUACGCGAUUCGAACCUACUGCAAGGAAAUGCAGGUGACCGAGAAGAUGCGAUUCCUGCGGCAUACGAUGCUGCUGGAGAAAUACUAUCUACUCGUGCCAUACUACAAUGCACUCUUCGUGCGCAUGGAGAAGAACAAUGGCUGGGCACUGGGCUCGGUGCUCACUUCCAAGCUAUGCGCUGUGCUCCUGCCGCACUAUCCGGAAUUGGCUCAUCAGCUUCACGUCAAGUUGAUAUCGCAGAUAAACUCGAAUUCAAUCAAGGUCUAUGAGGCCCUGGACGCUAUUGAACUGGACUUCGAGCUGGACUAUAUUCUCACACCCGCGAGCAUGCAAGACUACAAUUCGGUGUGGCGUCUGAUGCUGAAGGUGAAGUGGGCCGUCUGGAAGCUGGAGAAUUUGAAGUUUUUGCGUCGCGCCAGGCCCAAUCCAUGCGCACCUCUGGAUUUGAUAGGCCUAACCAUUCGUCGCCUGGAGAUUGUGCGCUUCUGGUUGAUUUUCCUCAUCAACAAGCUGCACGCGCACCUUAUGGAGGCCGUGAGCCGUCAGAUCGAGCACAGGAUGGGCGAGUGCAAGAGUGUCCGCGAUUUGCGGAAUAUGCACGACGAGCACUUGGCGUGGCUGAAGACACAUUGCAUGCUGACCGACGAAUUCAAGUCAUUCCGCGUCGCUCUCGACCAGAUCUUUCAUCUGGUCUACGUGCUGGACAUGGAAUGGACCACCUGCGCCAGCUGCAUGCGCGACCACGAUGCCCUGUGCUUGGACUUCACCAUUUCGGAUGACGGCAUUGAUGACGGCGAAAUGCAACGCAAUAGCUUGGAGUACCUGGCGCUCAACCAGGUGGCCGAGAUCGAGUUAACGUACAUACGUUGCCACCAAAUCCUGGCCGACAUCCUUAACACGCUGGUGCACCAGAACGAUCACGGAUUCCUGUCUGCCUUGGAGGAGACCAUCAACUCCAGUGUGCCCCAUUAGAAUCGAAUCUCCACAAAGGAUCUUGUUUUACCAUUAGCAUUACCGCAUUACCAUUACCAUCACCAGCGCAACUACCGAUAGUCCCGAGCAAACAUUCCCAUACCAACAUAAUUAAAAGCAGCUUAUUUUUGUUGACAAAA